CGAGCCGAGCGGGCGGUGCUCCCCGCCGCCGGCCGCCCCUGCUCUCGGCGCCCCGCUAUCCAUGGCUGGCUGGCUGUACUCCUCCCGGUGCGCCCUCCUCCCACAUCUCGCCAGCCGCGGCAACUUCCCCCCAGCCAGCCUCUGCCCCCAGGCCGCCGCGGCAUGGGCUAGACCCCGAGCCGCUUCUUGCCGUCUCCCGUCCAGCCCGCGCGCGGUCUCGCCCCUUUAGCCCUCCUCGCCGGUCCCCGCCGGUCCCCCGACAGUCGGUCCAUCACCCGGUCGGCUCUCCUCCGCGGGGCAGCGGUGGAGUACCAGCGCGAUCGGUAGGAGCGGGCGCCCCCACCCCGCUCCCCCGCGCUCCCACUCGUCGGGUUCCCGGUCCCGCACCGAGGGACGCGCCGACCGACGCUCGCUCCCCGCGGCGGUACGACCCGCCCGGGAGCUGGACCCCGCGCCCACUUCUUCGCGGAAGAUAUAUGUUGGGUAAAGGAGGAAAACGGAAGUUUGAUGAGCAUGAAGAUGGGUUGGAAGGCAAAAUCGUGUCCCCCUCCGAUGGCCCAUCCAGGGUGUCUUACACCUUACAGCGUCAGACUGUCUUCAACAUUUCCCUUAUGAAACUGUAUAACCACAGGCCCCUGACAGAGCCCAGCUUGCAGAAGACUGUCUUAAUUAACAACAUGUUGAGGCGGAUCCAGGAGGAACUCAAGCAGGAAGGCAGCCUGAGACCUGCAUUCACCCCCUCUUCCCAGCCCAGCGAUGCGCUGAGCGACAGCUGCAGGGAGGCCCCACCUGCCUUCUCCCACCUGGCCUCGCCUCCUGCUCACCCCUGUGACCUAGGAAGCACUCCACCCCUGGAGGCCUGCCUCACCCCGGCCUCGCUGCUAGAGGACGACCAUGACACUUUUUGCACUUUGCAGGCUGCACCUCCCGCACCUCCUACCAGACUGUCUUCUGCAGCCCUCCCACCAGAAAAGGACAGCUUCUCCUCUGCCUUGGAUGACAUUGAGGAGCUCUGUCCCACAUCUACCUCCACAGAGGCUGCCGUGGCCACGUCAGCGGCGCCUGACAGCCCGAAAGGAACCUCUAGUGAGUCCAGCAUCCAGAAGCCUGAGGGACCCCAGGAAGGCCGUACAGAUGACUCAAGAUUCAUGGACUCUCUGCCUGGGAAUUUUGAAAUAACAACGUCCACGGGUUUCCUGACAGACUUGACCCUGGAUGACAUCUUGUUUGCUGACAUUGACACAUCCAUGUACGAUUUUGACCCCUGCACAUCUGCAUCAGGGACAGCCUCAAAAAUGGCCCCUGUGUCAGCUGAUGACCUCCUCAAGACCCUGGCUCCCUAUAGCAGCCAGCCCGUUGCCCCAAGUCAGCCUUUCAAAAUGGAUCUCACAGAGCUAGACCACAUCAUGGAGGUGCUUGUUGGGUCCUAAGACUGGGGAGCCCUUGACUGUGCCUAACCAGGCCCUACAAGCAUCCUGCCUCCCUGACAGUUUCUCCGCACUGUGCAUGUACCCUUGCUUGCCUUUUUCAGAGAAAAAGACAAUUUUACAAAAGGAUCACACUAGUAUUUUCUUUGAGCAGAGUUGGAGUGCCUUCAUUCAAGUAUGACCACUUUUAAUACGCUCUCUGAGUGGGCUCCACAGAGACCCUGCCCUGGCUUAGGAGAGAAGACGUUCAAAGACUGCAUUGAUAAUGCUGAAAGGUGAAUAUGAACAGCUCAAGUGAAGCACAAGGGUUAAGUUGGAAAAGCUGUAAAUUGCAUGUGCAUAUUUGUCUAUUUUUUCUAUAAGUUUUAUUGCAAGAGGUAAAAGAAAGAAUAUACAUCUAUAUUAUUUGGAUAAUCUCAGUACCUUUCCUGGCGUUUUGCCCUGUAUAAGUUGACUUGGCAAUUCCGCCUUUCUAGAGGCAUUAACUCCUCAUAAGUGUUGCAUUUACAUGGCUGUUUAGAAAACCGCUGCCCAAAUUUAUUUUAUAUUUUUGUACAGAUUCUGCAGUUUAUGAUAUUGUUUUUCUAAAAACAAAUGCUGUUUAUACAUAUGAGAUAGCUAUUUUGAUAGGAUUUGCUCACAUAGUUCCUGCAAUUGUAAGCUGUACAAGUUGCACUUGUACUUUUAUAGAGUCGUAAUGUUUUAUAUGUGUAUGGUGCAAGAGACAAUUGGAUCAAAUCAAUCUGCAGUUGAUGUCCCCAAAUGCAAAUAUACACAGUGCUUCAAUAAAGGGCCAGGUGAUCUGACA